CAAAUGAGUUAAAUUAUAUGAACCUCAAGGACUCCAUAUCAUAAUACAACUGUCUGGUUCCCGAACCUAACAGUCAUCUUAAUGAUGUUACAGAAUAAUACACCUCUAUAAUUGCUAUGGCAGUUACAAGUAAAAUCCCACCGAGUACAGACACAGACCAAAACAUAAGGGGAGUGGCUGUAAGAACUCCAUUACUGUUAAACCCAGCUGAAUGUUUGACUAAUAGAGAUUUGCAUUUUGAUGACAGAAGGCAGGCACAAUGUUUUUAGUAUGUCAGUACGAGGGAGGAGGACGGUGGGAGGGGGAGAAAGUUUAGAGGAUAUAAAGGGGACAGAUAAGGGAAACAGGUGUGUAUAACAGGUGAUGCAUUACCCCACCCUCUUUUUCAGCAGUUACAGUGUAUUCAACACAGUGUUUCUUACCUGUCGGUUGUGAUACAUUUAAAUCUGUCUCAGCAACAUCAAAAGGAAAGACAUCAAGAUGCUGGCAACCCUUGAAAGUAUUCAAUAUUUUCAAGAUCUUGGACCCAGGGAAGCGUCAUCAGGGAUUGUGGAUCUUGAUGUGAUUGAGGAGUACCUGCAGGAGCACUCAGUGGAGGUGAUGUCAGGACCAUGUGUCCAAAGCAGAACUGAACAGGAGCACAGCAUAGCAGAGAACAGUUGGUCCGGCCGCUAUGCAUAUGAAUGGCAUUAUGGUGGAGUAGCAGCGACAGAGAACACACAUGAACAGACCCAUCAGCAUCAGUCGUGGCCCUGUCAGUCCAGUCUCAAUGAAUGGGGACACUGCCAGUAUGACAGAAACCAUUGCAGUGAUUCAGAUUCGCUGUCUACCAGCUCUGGCUGUCAAGAAUUCCCACCGUCUCCGAGUGCAGACGGGAAGAGACAGAUGGUGUGUGAUUCCUUGGCUUAUUCGCCACUCUCGGGUAAGACAUGGCAUUGUUUAUCCAUCAAUUGUCCUUUUGUCACCUAA